AUGACAUUUGAGAGCUUGACUUUGUUCCUCACCAUUGUGUUUGGUGUUGUGGAGGAGAAGCACGGUUGCUCUGAGAGGAUGCCUCCCGUCGUGUUUGUUCUUCAUGAGAAUGGGAUGCAGGUCAUGGGGGGAGAGAGGGAAAUUUACGACCAUCUCCUGGAAGCCCCAGCCACUCGGGAGCAAUUAAACCACUAUCGGAAUGUGGCCGAAAACGCCCGAAGUGAACUUGCAGCCACUUUGGUCAAAUUUGAAUGUGCUCAGUCCGAGCUUCGAGACCUCCGGUCCAAAAUGCUCUCUAAAGAAGCUUCCUGUCAGGAACUGAAAGCCGAGAUGGAGAACUACAAAGAGAACAAUGCGAGGAAGGCCUCCCUCCUCAGCUCGCUGAGGGACAGGGUCCAGGAGCUGGAAGAUGAAUCGGCAGCCCUGUCCGCUUCCAAAAUGAGGACCGAAAUCACGGCUCAUGCCGCAAUCAAGGACAACCAGGAGCUAAAGAGGAAGGUUGUAGAACUAGGCGAGGAAUUACAAAAGUGUGUAAAGGAAAACGAGGAGAAUAAGAAUCAAAUGUCGAAGAAUUGCAAGGAACAUGAGGAAUUUCUAGCUCGUCUUUGGGACUGCUUAGAUCCAGAUAAGAAGAAUGAAAAGAUACCAGAUGAAGAUUUAAUUCUAAAGCUCAGGGAGCUGGGCACGGAAAAUACGUCUCUGAGAGGACAGCUUGUGACUCUUGAGGAGACCGUGAGUGUCCAUGAGAUGGAGGCCAAAGCCAGCCGGGAGACGAUCGUGAGGCUGGUUUCCCAAGUGAACAGAGAGCAGAAGAGAGCCGCCUCCUGCGCCGAGGAGAGAGACGGGCUGCGCCAGGACUUGCUCAGUGCUGUAGAGGCAAAGGAAGCUCUGGAAAGGGAAGUUCAGAUCUUCCGAGAAAGGCUGCUUGCGGGCCAGCGGGCCUGGGAUGCCUCGAAGCAGGAGCUGAGCCUCUUGAAGAAAGACUCUUGCGAGUUGGAGAGAAGAUUGAAGGCCAGUCUGGAGGCGGCCGCAGCCUCGCAAAGCCAGCACACCUCGUUUAGGGAGAAAAUUGCAGACCUCCUUAGGGGCAGCUUGGGCAUGAUUGGGUCCACAGAGGAGGCCAUUCUGGAGAAGAUUGGAGAAAUGGACAGCCAGGAAGAGAGCCAGAAAAGGAUGGUUUCCCAGCUUGAAGCCCAAAUAUCUGAGCUUGUUGAACAGUUGGAAAAUGAGUCUGGGUUUCACCAGAAAGCCCUGCAGAGAGCCCAGAAAGCUGAGCACAAGCUGGAGGCCCUUCAGGGUCAGCUGACACACCUGGAGGGGGAGCUGGUGUCUGGAGAUGUUUUGCGAGACAACCUGAGUUUUGAGAAACAAAAGUAUCUUAAAUUUCUGGACCAGCUCUCAGAGAAAAUGAAAUUGGACCAGAUGGCUGCUGAACUUGGUUUUGACAUGCGGCUAGAUGUAGUUUUAGCUCGUGCAGAGCAGCUGGUACGCCUCGAGAGCAAUGCCGUCAUUGAAAAUAAGACCAUCGCCCACAAUUUACAGAGAAAGCUCAAGACCCAGAAAGACAGACUGGAGAGCAAAGAACUGCACUUGAACCUCCUCCGACAGAAGAUAGCGCAGCUGGAAGAGGAGAGGCGGCUGCGGACAGGCCUGGCCGUGGAGAGGGACGAGGCCAUUGCCACUGCACGGAAGUUACAGAAGCAGGUGGAGAGGCUGCAGAAGGACCUGAGCGCGUGCCGGGAAUCGAACACUGAGCUCAAAGCCAAACUGGCUGACACCAAUGAGCUUAAGAUUAAAACUCUGGAGCAGACCAAAGCCAUUGAAGACCUCAAUAAAUCCAGAGACAAACUGGAGAAGAUGAAGGAGAAGGCUGAGAAGAAGCUCAUGUCCGUCAGGUCAGAACUGGACAGUACGGAGCACGAGGCCCAGGAGGACAAGGAGAGGGCCAGGAACACGAUAGAAGUGGUGACCAGCGAAUUGAGGACGCUAAGGAAAUCUCUGGAGGAAGCAGAAAAGAGAGAAAAGCAGCUGGUGGACUUUAGGGAGGUGGUUUCCCAGAUGCUGGGCUUGAACAUGACCAGCCUUGCUCUUCCUGACUAUGAAAUCAUCAAAUGUCUUGAAAGACUGAUCCAUUCCCAUCAGCAUCACUUUGUCACCUGUGCUGGCCUCAAAGAUGUGACUACCAGGCAAGACAGGCACCUGCAAAGCCACUGAAAACUUCUUCAUUGAACACUGGAUCUCUUGAGGAGCUAAGGCACAGGACACAAUGCUCAAUUGAACAAAUUCUCCAAACCUUUGAAAUUCGAUCAGUAGGUGAAUAUUCUAUACUUUGGUGAUAGAGUGAGAAUCCGUCAUUGACAACAAAGAAUCUCAAAGGUAGAUAAAUGUUUGCCGCUAAAAACACCUGGUAUUUCAUUUGUUGGCACUUUGGGACCCAGAAGAAUUCCGCUAGAUUGCAUAUCUGGAACGAAAACUGUCAGUAGAGAAUUACUACUUAUGGGGUAUCUCUUAUGACUCAGGGGCUUUAGUACCCAGCUUAAUUCUCAUAACCACCACACAGAGAAGCUUUAACGUUUUUAUUUUACAACCUCUCUGGGGCUCUGAGAGGGUGUCACCUACCCAAGAUUGCAGUUGGUUGGUGACAGAACCGGGAAGGACUCUACGUGUCUUCUUUGCUACUCCACCAUCCUCCAGUUUCUCCUGGCUCCAUGUGUUUUGGUGACAAUUGCCUGCAUAUAGUCAAGACUUGCAGUCCAGAAGUAAUUAAGGUUUAUGAGUGUAAUCCAUAUGAUUUCUUUAAAAAAGAAAUGUACCUACUUAUUUGCAUAAAACAUGCAUAGUCUGAGGUCCUCUAAGAAACCUAUGUAUUUUCAAAUGUUGCUGCCAGAUUGCAUUAGGUGGUAAUUUUUUAAUGUUUGAACAGGGCUGAUCUCAGUACUUUCAAAAUGGAGCCAUUAACAUGAAACCGAUAAGAUGAAGACAGCCUACACAGUUUUACUUACCAAUAUUUAAAACAUAGUCAUAGCAAGUGUUCUUUUUCAGAAUCCAGAUUUUAUUAUGAAUAUCUCUCACUUUCUGCCUUCUUUUUAAAUUUCUAUUUCACAGAUAUUUUUCAGGAAUUUAUGUAUUUUUUUAAUUUCAAAGAGAAAAACAUGUUACUCUGGGUGAUUAUCAUAUUUCUGCCACAUCAAUUUUUUUUUCAGUCCUUGAGAAAAGCAUUGGUGUCUAAUUAAAGGAGAGAGAAAAGUAGAUUAUAGCCAAAUAUUAAGAGAAAAUGAAAAGUCUAGCUCAGCUGGUGUG